AUGGAUUCUCUUUGUAUUCCAAUAGAUGAUCAGAGGAGAUGGGAGAAGGAAAGACAUCAGCUGGAAAAUCUGGGGGAAGCUGAGCUGCAUUGGAUGCUGUUGGGAAGCAAGGAGCAGAUGGUGUCUCACCCUGCUGACCAGGGAGAAGCCCCUGAGAGCUGGCAAGGUAAUUGCCCGUGGAAGGAAGAAAACAGACCGCUUCCUUCUCAGGAAGAUGAGGGUCCCAAGGAGAGUAUAGUCCAAAAAAUAAUCCUCAAGGAUGAGAGAGAAAACACACGCAAGGACAUUUUUACCUGGGAGCAUGAGCUUAUGUUGCAAGAGGCAACCCACGCCAGAGUGAAACUGUACAAAUGCUUGGACCACAGGAACAGCUUCACCUGCAGAGCACAACGUGUCCGACAUCAGAGAAUCCACACAGGGGAGAAACCGUUCAAGUGCUCGGAUUGUGGAAAAAGCUUUAACUGUAGCUCCCAGCUCAUUAUGCACAAGAGAAAGCACACCAGACAGAAGCCAUGUAUCCACACAGACUGUGGGCAAAGCUUUAGCAAACGUUUAUAA